AUGGCGGCCCCGAGUCGAUGGGGCUCGUUUCUCUCCCAGGCCGUGGCCGGAGUAGAGGCGCGCCUGGACACCAUUCUCGCCGACAAUGACGAAGGCGCAGCGCAACAAAAGGAGCCCAAGCCAACGAUACCCGCAUCGUCGGCUAAGCAGAGUCCCGGUCCCUCCCGAACUGCCUCGACCGCCCGCACCAAUGAUCGUCUUCAAGAAAGGCUUGCAAGGGCCAUGGCUGCAAAAGCAGCUGCUCGAAGUUCAAUAUCUACGCAAGGCAGCCCGCGCCAGAGUCUAGAUACGCCGACCCGCGACUCUACUGACAGUGUAGACCGCCCGAGCCCAGCAGCGAAGGACUCUGCCAGGAAAACCCCCUCCCCACGAGGCUCGCAGGAUGUUGCAAGGGAUCAAGAAGAUACAAGUCCAGCACGGGCGGCGGGGGAAGAAGAGCCCGUCAAUGGUGAAAAAGAGGCGCAAGGGCAGGGGAAGGAGGGUUCUGGGGCAAGUAGUUCGGCCGACCUGACAUUACCGGUAGCAUCACUACCGGUAACAUCACCCCCAACAAGCGGUGUAGCCCUGGCACUCCCGGGACCCGACGCAGAGACGGACACGAAGACGACAUCUGAGGGCGCCGGAAACGAGGGGCUGGUGAGGGAUGGCGACCAGGCUCUCGAAGACUCCCAACUGCAACACCAGGUGGAGAUACACGGUUAUGUCGAGCGCAUUGACGCCCUGGAGGCCAAGCUGCAGUUUCUUGCGCGCGAAGCCACAGAAGCGGCAAGAAAAGCCGCUUUAGCUGCGCCGGCGGGGAGCCUCGAAAAGAAGCUUGCCGAAAAGGACCAGCAGAUUGCGCAGCUGAUGGAGGAGGGCAAGAACCUGGCGAGCGCAGACCACAAACAACGUGCCCUUGUGAAGAAACUGCGCGCAACUAUCGCCGAGAAUGUGAAGGAGCUGGGCUCUCUAAGGGCAGCCAAGGACAAGUCCGACAAGGAGAUUGAAAGUUUGCGCAGCCGUGCCCGCCGAGCCGACCAACUCGAGAAGACAUGUGAUGACCUUCAGAAGCGCUUUGAUCAGACACAGAAAGAACUCAGCACUCUGCGGCCAGAAAUCCACUCCAAGGACAGCACCAUCGCAGAACUUCGAAUUCGAUUCCAAAAGGCGACCGAGCAAGCAGAUGCCAUGGCGACCAGGGUGAACAGCCAAGCACGGGAGCAGGACAAGCGGCGUAUUGCAGACCUGGAAGAGGAAGUGGCCGCGCUGAGAGUCGAAAAGAACCUCAUCGCUGACCGCGGCAAAGCGCAAGCCGCCGAUCUGCGUGAAAAAGCCGAGCGUGCUAAUGAGCGGGCGCGGGCGUUGGAGCUCGAGCUCAAGGCCGAGGUACAGGUGAUGGAGGGCAAGCUCGAGGCAAUGAGAAUGCGGGCCGAGGAGGCCUCGUCGGGUGCCGCUGGCGAUUCGCAGGCUAAGCUGCUGCGCCAGGUUGAGACGUUACAAACACAGUACUCCAUCGCAAGCGAAAACUGGCAGGGGAUCGAGACGACGCUUCUGGCGCGGAUCGCCAGUCUUGAGAAAGAGCGGGAUGAGGCGCUGCAGAGGGAAUCUGACUUGCGGAGAAAGGCGAGGGAAGCUGCUGUCCGCGCAAAGCGCCAGGAGGAGGAAUUGGAAGAUGCCAAGGCCAAGAUCCCUACAAUUCAACAAGACAUCAGGUCGUACCAGGCCCAGCUCGAAUCCCUCAAGAAGCGGGCCGAAGAAGCCGAAUCAGCACUUGAGAAAGCCAAAGCCGAGUUCGAAAAGCAGAAACAAUUAUGGGAAGCCGAAAGAGAAGACCGCCAGCUCCGCGAACAACCAGAACGGCCCCGAUCCUGGUUGGAGGGCCUGCCGGGCGGCUCGUUCCUCAAGCCCGACAGCCGUCCCGCCUCACCACAGCUAACCAACCCCCAACGAACUUUCAGCACAGACUACCUCAGCAUCUCAGCCCUCACUAGCAAAGCUCGCAAGGUCUCGGCCCCUUCCAGCAACAGCGAAGCCGGAGCCAGCGGCUUUUCCCGCCGCCCGUCGGCGCAGCCGCCCCAGAGCAGACCAACCCUCUCAUCCAACCCCAGCGGAAGCGCCGGUGGCGUCUUCAGUCCGCUCUCCCUCUUUAGCCCCACCUCGCCGGACGUUCCCCACAACGGCAUGACUGCCCUCAGCAUGGGCAGCCCCCUCGAUAGGGAAGUCCAGCGUGGCGAGGACGCGUUUGAGGGCUCUAUGCUUCCCGAGCGGUCGGCGUCGCCGCAGCAGGUGCUGCAGGACAUGGUGUCGGUGUCGACGGUGGCCGCGGGGCCGUCGGUGCAGCUGGUUGAGCGCAUGAGCGCGGCGAUCCGAAGGCUCGAGAGCGAGAAGGUGGCUGCCAAGGAAGAGCUGGCCAGGAUAUCGCGGCAGAGGGACGACGCCAGGGCCGAAAUUGUCGCGCUUAUGAGGGAGGUGGAGGCGGGCAAGGCGGCGGGGAAGAGGGUGGAGGCUCUGGAGGCCGAGGUGGUGGAGAUGAAGGAGCGGUAUGAGACUACGUUGGAACUGUUGGGCGAGAAGAGCGAGUUGGUGGACGAGCUGAGGGCGGAUGUGGAGGAUGUCAAGGCUAUGUAUAGGGAUUUGGUGGAGAGGACUAUCAAGUAG